AUGAGAGGCUGUCUAACCGUCAAAGCUGCCAAAGGAGAGCUAAAAGAGCAGAACUCGAUGUUGCAGAAAGAAAAAGGGUUGGGGGGCGAUUAUCAACCUCCUAGACUAACCUGCCCCGACGGUACUACUACUGUAGGCAACGAUGCAGGGAAAAAUACAUCAUCAGUUAGUUGGAAUUUUUCAUUCACUGACAACUCUCUGACGGAGAAUCAACCUGGAAUAACGGAGGAUGACAUUAAGGUCGUACUGACGAUAAACGAUGUCAAUGUGGAUACAACUCUUCCCAAGCUGUUAGGGAUCGGCACAAACGCAGUGAAAUACGUUGUGACAGACGAUGCUAACAACUCAGAUUCCUGUACUUUUACUUAUUUUGUAAAUGAUACUGAGGCUCCAGUCUGUGGUUUCUGUCCACCGGACCAAACCAUCGCCAACGCCACUGGUGAUGAAAUAAGGGUGAACUGGGACCAGCCCGAAUGUACCGACAACUCCGGAGAACCGCCCUACAUCUACUCAGAGAGACAAUCUGGUUCAUAUUUCUCGGUUCCCAGUUCCACUGAAGUGUUGUACAUCGUCCGUGAUGGCAACGACAACGAAAACUUAGACUGCUCAUUUAGAAUUACAAUCGAGAAAUUGACCUGUCCACUAUAUGAACCUCCGGAGAAUGGUGCCUUGUCUUGCAACACGAUUGUAGAAGACACAUAUUGUCAGGUGCAGUGUCAAAGUGGCAACGACUUUGUGUUCAACCCUCCUUUGUACUACUUCUGCCAAGACGGAGUAUGGCAAUUUUACGCCAUACCAGGCCAAGAGUACAGUACUGAUUUACCGUGGCCAGAUUGUGCAGAUACUGGCCUCGAGCAAGGCACCAAUGACCAAGCAGGGCAAGACGCAUUCAAUCAAGAGAAGGCAGAUAACGAGCAGUCGAGAACAGAAGUCUAUGAAGGCUUCGAAACAGUUAACUGGUCAGAAUAUCAGGCAUCAUCAGGACUCGAAUUAAAAGAUUACAACGUUGCAAACAUAAACCUCGGACCGGUGGAAGCUUAUUGUUCAGAAGACGGUGCCGUGGUGAGGAAAUGUGAAUCGAGUGACACCAGUUGCAACAAAGACAUAGGAUCAAUAACAAAAUGCACCCGCUGUCCUGUGGGAACGUAUUACGACAAGAGCGCGGAUGACUGUCUGUUGUGCCCAGAAGGCACGUAUAGUCCCAAUGAAGGAGCUCUAGGCUGUGAGGACUGCCCAGAAGGGACAUGGACUCUAGGAACAAGGAAACACAAUUUUACAUCUUGUACAGAUGAAUGCGGCCCGGGAUUGUAUUCUUCAACUGGCAUAGCUAAAUGCUUCACCUGCCCCACUGGAACCUACUCAUCAGAACAACGAAACAAAGAAUGUAUUAGUUGUCCAGAGGGAACUCUUACUGUUAUCAGCGCAGCCACAGUAAUUGAGGACUGCGGAAUGCAAUGUGCUCCAGGAACAUACUCAGACAAUGGAGUAGAGCCUUGCUUGCCUUGUCCUGCUGGAACGUAUCAGACGGAGUAUGGGCAAACAUCUUGUCUACCUUGUCCUGGUCAGGAAUCUACACACGGCACUGGGGCAAGUUCUUUAGACUACUGUACAGAGGUGGACACAUGUGUUUCGAGUCCUUGCAUGAACGGUGGAACGUGUGUGAACACGAAGGAAUCUUACCGAUGCGAAUGCCCACCGGGAUACAAAGGAGGGAAUUGCGAGAUGGAGAUUAACGAGUGUCUCGCGUUACCAUGUUAUCUGGACUCCACUUGUGUCAACAAGGUAAAUGCUUACAAAUGUCUUUGCACCGAUGAGUAUACUGGUAACGAGUGCGAACUUCCGUACAGCCUUUGCAACCAACGAACUCCUUGUGUAAAUGGAGGAAACUGCAUCGAUAAAGCGGGAACAUUUUCCUGUCAGUGUCCGCAGGGGUAUAGUGGGACAUUCUGUGAGAUUAACAUCGACGAAUGUGCCUCAAGCCCUUGCCAAAAUAACGGGGUAUGCACUACUGGCGUGAACACCUAUUCUUGCGAGUGCCAGGCAGGAUACAGUGGUGUGAACUGCCAGAUCAAUAUCGAUGACUGCGCUGCUAAACCCUGUCAGAAUGGCGGUACCUGUGUGGACGAUGUACAGUCCUACAGUUGUUCAUGCCCAGUUGGGUACACUGGCGCCAACUGUGAGAAUCCUAUUGAUCACUGCGUAGGGCAGCCAUGUCGCAAUGGUGGCACAUGCGUAAAUACACUAACUGGUUUCAAGUGCCAGUGCAUGCCAUCCUACUCCAAAUGUCUCUGCAGCGAAGAGCUUUCAUCUGACUACGAUUUGUCGUUUCAAGUCAGAGCGGCCAAGUCGUAUUCCAAGAUUAAGAAGCCAAUUUCGGACCUUAACGCACUAACCAUCGCUUUUUGGAUGCGUACCAGCGACCGCAACCCCGGAACAGUGAUCUCCUACGCAACUCAAGUGGGUGAUAUUGUGCAGGACAACGCAUUAGCUUUACAAGACUAUUCCAGCUUCAAUCUAUUUGUAAAUAAUAGAACUGUCUUCACAGGACUGAAAGUAAAUGAUGGUCAGUGGCAUCACGUGGCAGUUACGUGGGAGAGCGCGGGAGGAACAUGGUAUUCCUACAAAGAUGGCGUUGAAAUAAAAAGCUCAUCUCAGGCUUUUCAACAAGGUGAAGUUAUUUCUGGCGAUGGCGUUAUGAUCCUUGGCCAAGAGCAAGACGAACUGGGUGGUGGAUUUAACACUCAAGAAAACUUUAUCGGCGAUAUUAGUCAGCUGAACAUCUUUGACUACAUGCUGUCUGCUAACGACAUUUAUAACUUGGUAUAUAGUUGCGAUCAUGUAAAGGGAAACGUAGCAGCCUGGAGCGACUUUAGAGAGAGGCUCUUUGGAAUAUACCACUUAACGGACAAAUCGUACGCGUGUGACUGUGAGUGCCUUUUAUUUACCUGGUACAGUUCGUAUUUAAUGAAUGCGAACACAUGUCUGUAUUUGUUAGUGCAAUGUGCUCCAGGAACAUACUCAGACAAUGGAGUAGAGCCUUGCUUGCCUUGUCCUGCUGGAACGUAUCAGACGGAGUAUGGGCAAACAUCUUGUCUACCUUGUCCUGGUCAGGAAUCUACACACGGCACUGGGGCAAGUUCUUUAGACUACUGUACAGAGGUGGACACAUGUGUUUCGAGUCCUUGCAUGAACGGUGGAACGUGUGUGAACACGAAGGAAUCUUACCGAUGCGAAUGCCCACCGGGAUACAAAGGAGGGAAUUGCGAGAUGGAGAUUAACGAGUGUCUCGCGUUACCAUGUUAUCUGGACUCCACUUGUGUCAACAAGGUAAAUGCUUACAAAUGUCUUUGCACCGAUGAGUAUACUGGUAACGAGUGCGAACUUCCGUACGGCCUUUGCAACCAACGAACGCCUUGUGUGAAUGGAGGUAACUGCAUCGAUAAAGCGGGAACAUUUUCCUGUCAGUGUCCGCAGGGGUAUAGUGGGACAUUCUGUGAGAUUAACAUCGACGAAUGUGCCUCAAGCCCUUGCCAAAAUAACGGGGUAUGCACCAGUGGCGUGAACACCUAUUCUUGCAAGUGCCAGGCAGGAUACAGUGGUGUGAAUUGCCAGAUCAAUAUCCAUGACUGCGCUGCCAAACCCUGUCAGAAUGGCGGUACCUGUGUGGACGAUGUACAGUUCUACAGUUGCUCAUGCCCAGUUGGGUACACUGGCGCCAACUGUGAGCAUCCUGUUGAUCACUGCGUAGGGCAGCCGUGUCGCAAUGGUGGGACAUGCGUGAAUACACUAACUGGUUUCAAGUGCCAGUGCAUGCCAUCCUACUCCAAAUGUCUCUGCAGCGAAGAGCUUUCAUCUGACUACGAUUUGUCGUUUCAAGUCAGAGCGGCCAAGUCGUAUUCCAAGAUUAAGAAGCCAAUUUCGGACCUUAACGCACUAACCAUCGCUUUUUGGAUGCGUACCAGCGACCGCAACCCCGGAACAGUGAUCUCCUACGCAACUCAAGUGGGUGAUAUUGUGCAGGACAACGCAUUAGCUUUACAAGACUAUUCCAGCUUCAAUCUAUUUGUAAAUAAUAGAACUGUCUUCACAGGACUGAAAGUAAAUGAUGGUCAGUGGCAUCACGUGGCAGUUACGUGGGAGAGCGCGGGAGGAACAUGGUAUUCCUACAAAGAUGGCGUUGAAAUAAAAAGCUCAUCUCAGGCUUUUCAACAAGGUGAAGUUAUUUCUGGCGAUGGCGUUAUGAUCCUUGGCCAAGAGCAAGACGAACUGGGUGGUGGAUUUAACACUCAAGAAAACUUUAUCGGCGAUAUUAGUCAGCUGAACAUCUUUGACUACAUGCUGUCUGCUAACGACAUUUAUAACUUGGUAUAUAGUUGCGAUCAUGUAAAGGGAAACGUAGCAGCCUGGAGCGACUUUAGAGAGAGGCUCUUUGGAAUAUACCACUUAACGGACAAAUCGUACGCGUGUGACUGUGAGUGCCUUUUAUUUACCUGGUACAGUUCGUAUUUAAUGAAUGCGAACACAGUAUUUAGCUAACUGCGUAAAGAACGCCUUUUUGGCAAACGUGAGACAUGGGAUACUGCAUGGUUAUCUAAAUUUGCUUAGUUUCAC